AACCCUUCACCCCUUAUUUCACUUCCCCUGAGAUCUGAGCGGAGGAGGCCACAUCUGUUCUUCGAGCUUUGUUCAGAAACCCAUAAAUAAUUUCUAGUAAAUCUUCUAAAUAAUUCUACGAACACCACUCAAAAUACAACAGAAAAUAAUUUCUUUCUAUCCUUUUUAUAGAAUUAUUAUUCUUUUUCUUUUCUGAGAACGCUAAAAAUGUUAGAGGCGACCUCGACCUGACAAACUCGAAACUGAAAAUAAGAGCAAGAACAGGUGCUUUGGAAGCAGGCCAAAGAAGCAUCUACGAGAGACCUACACUGCGCCACCACAGCACUUCUCCACUGCUUAAGCCAUUUCUGAGAAAAGCUUUUCCACGAUGAUCUUCAUCUGGUGACCAAAACAACCGAUUUAUCCUGGAGAUCGUAAUGGCCUGCUUUGAAAGUUACAUUGAGAAAAAGGAAAAGGAAAGUUCUUGAUCUAUUUAUGAACUAUAUGAAAUUUGUGAAUUACUGAUAUUCAUUGUGUGGCAAACCCCCCCCCCCCUCCAAACACAAUGAAAAGCUUCACAUUCCUUCUUCUCCCUUGAGGACUUCUAACCUGAACUUCAUUCGGAACAAAGAAAAUCUCCUCAUAGCUGCAGAAUGAUGAACGGGACAACUGGGACAUCUGUGAAGUGCGUCCUCGUGGGGGACUGUGCUGUGGGCAAAACGGCGUUGCUGGUGCGCUUCACCUCCGAGACAUUCCCUGACUGCUACAGACCCACCGUUUAUGAAAACACAGGCGUGGAUGUCUUCAUGGAUGGCAUCCAGAUCAGCUUGGGUUUAUGGGACACGGCAGGGAAUGACACUUUCCGCCAGAUCCGCCCCAUGUCCUACCAGCAAGCUGAUGUAGUCUUGCUGUGCUACUCUGUGGCAAACCCCACCACACUGGCCAGCAUCCAGCAAAAGUGGAUAGGAGAGGUGCGAGAAUAUCUGCCCCGUGUGCCGGUCCUGGUGGUCGGCACUCAGACAGACCUCCGGGACAUGGGGCCAUAUCGUGACCGCUGCACCACAGCAUCAGAUGGCAAGAAGGUGGCUCAUGAAAUUCGAGCUAAAGGCUACCUGGAAUGCUCUGCACUCAUUAAUCGUGGUGUUCAGCAAGUGUUCGAGUGUGCUGUGCGUACGGCUGUCAAUCAGGCGCGCAAGCGAACACGGCGGAGACUCUUUGACCUGAAUCCAUGCCACGUCUCUUGAGGACUGAAAAUCUGCAGUGACUAAACAUUACUCUGUUCCUUUAAGAAAGCAUCUUAGAUUUUAUUGAUACACAGUUAUAUUUAUUUCUCAUUAUUUUACUAGGGGUCCUGCAGCCGGCCUUAAAGCAACGAUCAAAUUUAUUGCGGUUAUUAUUAUUAUUAUUAUGAUGUUUUUUUUUAUUUUGUUGUGCCAUAACCUUUUUUAGUUCCUAGCUUGUUUGACUGGUCACAUGAAAUGAAUGACUUUAAUCCAAGCUAGUCUCAAGGCCUGUUAAUAAUCUGAAUCUAAAAUUUAAGCUGAAAUAAAAUAAAAUAAAAUAAAAUAGGGUUUUAUUAAAAUGUUAAAACCAUUGAACAUCUCAGGAAUAAUACACUUUUUUGACGCCAAUAUUUAUCGUAUACAUUUAAAGUAACUUUCAUGAGAAAACUCCACACUGAAAUCUUCACAGUAAAAGCCGUUCCUGAAUAUUUUCACAGCAGCUUUCGUAGAUCUCACCCUCAAUCUAGACUAUUUCAGGUUACACAACUCUAUAAAGGUAGUUGGAAAUCUGCAGAAAAUUUCUCUCAUUCAGACAUACUGGAAAGCUUUGUAUCGAGAGUCUUUGUGCGAGACCGUUAAUACACAAAUAAUAGUGUUCAUUUUAUAUGAUUUUACAGUAGCAACCUAAUAUUUCAUUAGGGAGAUGAGUAUAAAAACUACUCCAAAGAGAAUAGAAAAAUAAUCCUUUUUGCCACAAAUAUGUAAGAAUAUUAUAUAAGGAAUAUAAUAAAUGUUGUAUAUAUAAUAUAGCUUUAAUAUCCAAAAGUUAUAAAGGUUUUUGUGACACUUGUGCAGACACUAGAAAUGUGGACUUUAUCUGCAGAGCUUAGAAAUACCUUCAACAUUACUCCAGUGAGUGUUUUGUCAGUGUGUUGACGCGGGAACGGUGGACAAAACAGCUAAUUAUAUCAUGAAGUAUGAGGGUUUGCAUUUUUGGAUAAAGAUCUUACGCUAUGUCAUGAAGCAGGCUUUUGUAUAUUCGCUUUCAUUUUCACUCUUUUAUUUGGACUCAUCAUCAUUAACAGAUAUUAAAUGGUCAGUAUCUUUGCACUGCUGUGACUCAUAUCUGCGUCUCGAUGCUCAAAAGGAUUGAUAUGGAGUAUUAACAAGUGAUAUGUUAACUCAUUGACCUCACUCUCACAUGUAAAUCAAUCAUUAUUUUACCACAAUAUCAAAAAACAAGCAUUUGGACCAAGUUAUUACUAAAACCAUUCAUGCAGUGAACAAAGAUAGAAAUUGAUCUUUAAAUUUAUCUCUAUAUCUAACAUCUUUAAAGUGAUCAGAAAUAUCAUGUGAACAUUUUGAUGAGUAUCAAGGUGCAACAAAUAAACAGUGACACAAUGAUUGCGUUCUAGUCGCCUUUUUCUUUUCAAGAUGAAGGGAAAAGCUUAGAAAGAGCUUUUAGAUGAAAAUUUACAAAACAUAUGAUGAUCUCGCUCAUCAUAGUCAUCAUCAAGAUUCUUUGUACUAUUUAAACA